AGCAGCACACUUGUUGAUUCAUUUUAUUACUAAGCCCCGUUUAUUGACAUUUUUCGGUGUUUCGGCUUUGGCCGAAAAUUCAAACGUUAAACACAUAAAGGGUGUAUGUACCUAGUGCAAAUUUUUUCUGGCGUUGAAUUUGAUGGUUUCCAGUUAAAGUGUUAGAGUGUAAAAAAAGUAAAAAAUCUCACUGUGCUAACCCUCAAUCGAUGCGAUAGAAACAAAAAUAUACCGGGUCUGUGUAAUGAAAUCUUCUGUAAUCUGACUGCCCUGGCUCAGUAUGAACAAGGCUCUACAGGUGGGAAGUUGUUUCAUUGAUAGGGAGAAAAAUUUAUUCGAAUCGGCAACAACACAGAACAAGAAAGAUAAUAAAGUCGUAUUGGGAAACAAGCAAGCACCCAAAUGCUGGAAGUGAGCCUGAUAACGGUCGCCAUUGCGCUGAUCCUCGGAACGUUGCUGUAUCGCUACCUAACACGGAAUGAUUUCUACUUCGCCGACAAGCCGAUUCCGUUCCUGCGGCCAACUCUGCUGGUCGGCAGUCUGGGUCCGCUGAUGAUGAAGAAACGGGACAUAAUGGAACACUUCCGGAUCCUGUACAACACCUUCCCGGAUGCCAAAGUGUUCGGGCUGUUCAGCAUGGCGACCCCGGCGUUCAUGAUACGGGAUCCGGAAAUGGCCAAGCGGAUCGCGGUCAAGGAUUUCGAUCACUUCGUCGAUCACACCGGGUUCGGAGCAGUGGCGCCAGAGCUGGAAAAUUCGCACAUGCUCGUCAACAACACCUUGGUGGCACUGCGGGGGGAAAAGUGGCGCGAUAUGAGAGCCACCCUGAGUCCGGCCUUCACCGGCAGCAAGAUGCGGCAGAUGUUCGAGCUGAUCUCGGACUGUGGUCAGAGUGUUGUCCAGUACUACCGAGGUCUGGGUGGAUCCCAGGUGGUGGAGAUGAAGGACGUUUUCAGCAGAUUUGCGAACGAUGUCAUCGCCACGGCAGCCUUCGGAAUCAAGGUGGAUUCGUUCCGGGAGCAGGACAACAUAUUCUUCACCCUCGGGAAACAGGUCGUGCAGCCGAAUGGUUUGGUUUCGUUGCUGAAGCUGACAGGGUUCACUCUGUUCCCGAAACUGAUGUUGAAGCUCAAAAUAGAUUUUCUGACCAAGGAGCAGGAUCAAUUUUUCCGCGGCAUGGUGCUGGAUACGAUGCGCACCCGAGCAGAGCAGAACAUCUUCCGGCCGGAUAUGAUCGAGUUGCUGAUACAGGCCAAGAAAGGUCAACUCAAGCACCAGGGAGAAGAUCAACUGCUGACCGAGGAGGGAUUUGCUACGGUCGAAGAGUCUCAGGUCGGGCGAAAGUAUCACAGUCGGGUCUGGAGUGACAACGAGCUAAUCGCUCAGGCCUUCAUAUUUUUCUUUGCCGGAUUCGAAACGGUCUCGACAACCCUCUCGUUGGUCGUCUACGAACUAACCCGGAACGUGGAAGUUCAGCGGAAGUUAUUCGAAGAAAUCCGGGAAACCCAGCGUAAACUCGAAGGUCGACCGCUGUCGUACGAUACUCUACAGGGUAUGAAAUACAUGGACAUGGUGAUCAGUGAGGCCCUUCGGGUGUGGCCGAUCGGAACCAUAGUGGAUCGUGUCUGCGUUAAAGAUUACGUCUACGACGAUGGCCAAGGCUGCCGGUUCACAAUCGAAAAGGGAAAAUCGAUCAUGGUCAGCACCAUUGGGAUGCACUUCGAUCCGCAGUAUUAUCCGGAGCCGGAAAAGUUUGAUCCGGAGCGUUUCAGCGACGAAAAUCGGCACAAGAUCAACAUGGGAACGUAUUUACCGUUUGGACUGGGACCUAGGAAUUGCAUCGGUUCUCGUUUUGCCCUGAUGGAGAUGAAAACCAUCGUCUAUCAUUUGCUGAACAGUUUCAGCUUCGAAGUGCACGAAAAGACGCAAAUUCCGCUUAAAAUUGCCAAAUCUAUGACACAGUUUACCACCGAGAAGGGGGUCUGGGUAGAAAUGCGACCAAGGAGUGACAACUAGUCGAGGACCUGUACCUAUCUAGUUAUUGUUUUGAAGUUAGGCAAAUGUGAGAAUAAACAUUGCACACAAAACAA